AUGUUUUUCACGUCACACUUUUUUGUGACAUUUCAGACGUGGAUUGACAGGGAAGUGAUGGUCAAUGUGGUUUCCCGUUGCUUUCUCUGGCUAGCAGUGAUCAUGACCAUGUAUGUUGUGCGUAGAAAGCGUAAGCGAACGGGGGCCAAGAACACGAGUCUUCAGCCAGGGACAAACUCAUCCCCGGGAAAGGGAAAGAACCUCCGCCGUGCUCAGCAAGCCGCGUGCCGCCACAACUGCAGCUACCUGGUGGAGGAGCAGCGCCAGGCCUUCCGCGAGGCUGGCGGACCCGAGGAGUGGCUGGUGGGCCUCGAGUACGCGCCCAAGAAACUCCAGGAACUCCACCACACCAACCUCAUCCUCGCGCACCAACCCUGGCUUUACGAUAUACACCAUGUUGAGAAGUUACUGAAGAGCUGCUGGUCCGUGAGCGAGCUGACGCAAGCCAUCUGCAUCUUGGCCCAGUUCCACGCCCUGUCCUCCUACGUCCACGGCUGCGGGAUCGAGGUCUCGUCCGGGGAGCUCGCCGUGCAGCCGCCCUUCCUGCAGGCCUGCUCUUCGGGUUCCCCCAGCAGCGUGGAGCUCAGCGAGGGCGGGGUGGACGUCCUGGUGGAGCGAAUGAGGUCCAUUUCGCUCGUCCAGUCCGACUUCAACGCCAUCUCGGAGGAACAGACCAGAGUCAGUUUUGAGAAGCUGAAAAAACAGGCUGCCAACAUAUCAAGUCCAAACGUCGAUGGUGCGGAAGUCUGCAAAUCUCGGUACAGCCACCUGUCCCCCAAUCCGGAAUUCAUUUAUGUUGACUUCCACAAGAGAGGAGAGAAGUCACCUGUACCCACUAUCAAAUCACAGGACUGUUCAUGGGAAGAACAUGGUUUCUCCCUCGUCAGUGAACUUUACAGUGAAGUAGCUGAUAUAUUAGACAACAAGUUCAAGACUGCAUAUAACAUGACUUAUUACACCUGCGGCCACAAAACACACGUGGACACUUUUCUUUUCCGUCAAGCUGUGUGGAAUUACCUUCACUGUUUAUAUGGCAUAAGACACGAUGACUAUGACUACAGCCAGAUCAAUCAGCUGCUGGAGAGGAACCUAAAGAUGUUCCUCAAGACAGUCACUUGCUUUCCUGAGAGAUUAUCUUCCUUAGAGGCGUCUCCUUUCAUCAUGAAGGGCUUCCUUAACAGUGAAAAGGUUCAUGUGAUGGUCCUGGUGUUGGAAGGUCGCUUACAAGCAGAGCUACUCCAUGGGUUGCGAGCGCUAGGCCACUAUCUAAUGUGAGCCCCUGGGAUGUUGAAGAAGCUGUGAUGUGACAUUGCCUUGGGUAAACUUUCUAGUUAUAUACCCAUGAGGGAAGUGAGAACCUGCACCAGAGCAGUACCUUCAGUUUGGUGAAGGCACGCUUUUAGCAAGUGUGAAGGGAAAAUUAUUGUUAUCUCAAAUUGUAGAGAACUAGUUGUAUGACUACUAGUUACUGGUCUUCUGCAUUUCGAUAGGGGAAAAGAUAUAGUCUCAUGUACCACAUUGGUAUUAUUGUCUGCAUUGAAAUAUGCACAGUAUGAAACUGAUAUUUGGAACUUUUUUCUUUUAAAAUCAGCAGACACUGAAUCAGUUUACUGGAUUUCUUUAUUUUAUUCUAUUUUAUUAUUAUUGUAAUUAUUAUUUUUCGAAAUUGUUUAUUGAUAAGAUCUGGCAAGAAAGAUUGCAUAGCAAGACCAACAGGUAAAUUUUCCCAUUUUCCCUUUUACUGUUUCUUGUCAAAUGAAGAUGAACCUCAGCUGUUUCAGAGAUCUGCUGUUAUUUUGGAAAAUGUCUGUAUAUAAUUAUCUAUUUGGCAUCUUUUAGAUGGAUUUAACUUAGAUAUGUAUGAUAUCCUUUGCUAUGAGAUGUGAAUGUUGCAUAGUAUAAUGCAUAAUCCAGUGGCUUUGCAGUAUUGUUUGAAAGGACUGUAUUUACAUGCUUAUAAACCAUUGUGAUUCAUUGCUGUGAGAAGUUUUGUGGGGACAAUUGAUAGUUUUUUGCCCUUUAAAUUACAUGCCAAUUUUUGAAGCAUCAGACUUUAAGGAUAUAUGUUAUAAUUUUUUUUUUCACUUGUAGUUUCAAUUUUUAAAGAACCCAAGGAGAUUUUAAGAUUUUCUUUAGUUAAUGAUAGAUGGUUUUCCAAAGUCUAUUGAUCAUUUUAUCAUAGGUGACACAAUAUUGUGGGGUUGUCAGAAGUAGUACCAAGUAAUGUAAAAUGAGAAAAAAAAAAAAUAUUUCACAUGAUCAUGCACUUUUGCAGCUGAUACUUAUUAACAUAGUUGAGUUUACAUAAUGAAUUUUGGUGCCCAAGGCAAUCCACUAUAUUACAUGAAAAAGAGAAUGUGUCAUAACAUUUUAGAGAAUGUAUUUCUUUAUUGAUAUACAUAUAUUACUUUCUGGUUACAAAACAGUUCAGUUGCCAUUAUUCAUUUGUGCAGAAUAAACAAUCAAUAGCAGCAACAGCCAAUACAGUCUGAUUAUUUGAUAGCUAUUAUUCAUGAACAAUGUCUUACUUGAGCUCUUUGAGCAGUCACAAGUCUUUCAUAUGUUUCACUUAUUUACUGAAUGAUCUUCUCAAAGGUUUGUUUUUUAGAAUGUUCUUAAGAGCAUAAUUUACUGAAUAGUUGCAUUUUAGUAAUGUGUGGCAAAGACCCAACAGUAUGAAGAAUAACUAGAUUUUUUUCAUGAGCUGAAAACAACUAAAGCAAGUUUGAAUUAUAUCUUAACAUUGCUAUAAUAACUAUGUACCUAUAAUAUAAGAUUCAUACUCUUUACCAUGCAAACUACAAGGCUGUGUAUAGUAAU